CGCCCCGCAUCCAUCCCCUUGCACCGCGCAGGGCGCAUCAAACUGAGCAACCGAGCACAAACACACACAAAUCUGUUCUUUUUUCCAACGCCUCGCCGCCGGAGACAGCGGCCUUGUGUGUUUGUUUUCGUCUUUCGGAACUCCCGUGGGAGACGGAACGGAGUCAAUCCAGGAAUCAUCAAUCCUGAAACGUCCCUCUCCCUCGACAGCGCGGGGCAGAGCAGCAAGCUUCCCUGUCUCGGGAGAGAGGCCAUGUCGUCCCGCUCUGACGCCACGGUGGCGUGCCGAGAUGGCUCUCCUGCGGGCCAUGGCGUCACGGCCUCCUUGCUCUCCAAAGCGGAGUUCGUCGUGCCCGUGCCCGUGCCCGUGGAGGAGGAGCUGCUGCCUCCAGUGCUCACGAGCAAGCCGACGCCAUCGGCUGAUCGGCUCGCCAGAGCGGUGAAGGAAGCCUGGUCCGUUUCUCUGUCCGUUACAUUCCCCAUGCUGCCGUCCAUGUCGGCCGCCGCGGCAGGGGAGGAGGCGCGCUCCAUCCUGGGCCUCGCCAUGCCCAUGAUCCUGACGGGGCUGCUCCUCUACCUCCGGUCCAUGAUCUCGAUGCUCUUCCUGGGCCGCCUCGGUGGCCUGGCACUCGCCGGCGGGUCCCUCGCCAUCGGCUUCGCCAACAUCACCGGCUACUCUGUUCUGUCCGGCCUCGCCAUGGGCAUGGAGCCCAUCUGCGGGCAGGCCUUCGGCGCGGGCCACUACGAGCUCCUGGGCGUGACCAUGCAGCGCACCGUGCUGCUGCUCGUGGCGGCCGCGGUCCCGAUCGGCGGGCUAUGGAUGCACAUGCGGCCCCUGCUCCUGCUCUGCGGCCAGGACGUGGGCAUCGCGGCCGUCGCCGAGACCUACAUUCUCGCCUCGCUCCCGGACCUCCUGCUCCAGGCGUUCCUCCACCCCGUCCGCAUCUACCUCCGUACGCAGUCCAUCAACCUGCCGCUCACCGUGUGCGCCGCGCUCGCCAUUGCGCUCCACCUGCCCAUCAACUACGUGCUCGUCUCCGUCCUCGGCCACGGCAUCAGGGGCGUGGCAUUGGCCUCUGUUCUCGCCAACCUAAACUUCCUCCUCCUCCUCUUGGGCUACAUACUGUGCAAGGGCGUGCACCGGCGCACCGGCAGCUUCUUCGCGCUCUCGGCUGACAGCUUCCGCGGGUGGGGCGAGCUCGUCAGCCUCGCGCUGCCGAGCUGCGUCGGCGUCUGCCUCGAGUGGUGGUGGUACGAGAUCAUGAUCCUGCUCUGCGGCCUGCUGGCCAACCCGCAGGCCACCGUGGCGUCCAUGGGCAUCCUGAUCCAGACCACGUCGCUCAUCUACAUCUUCCCUUCCUCGCUGGGCUUCGGCGUGUCCACCCGCGUCAGCAACGAGCUCGGCGCGAACCGGGCCGAGCGGGCCGGCCGGGCUGCCACGGUGGGCCUCAUGCUCGGGUUCGCGUUCGGCGGCGCGGCCUCGGCGUUCGCGUACGCCGUGCGGGGCUCGUGGGCCGCCAUGUUCACGGCGGACCCGGCGAUCGUGGCGCUCACGGCGUCCGUGCUGCCGAUCCUGGGCGCGUGCGAGCUCGGCAACUGCCCGCAGACGGCCGGCUGCGGGGUGCUGCGCGGCAGCGCGCGGCCCAAGGACGCCGCCAGCAUCAACCUCCGGUCCUUCUACCUCGUGGGCACGCCCGUGGCGCUCGUGCUCGCGUUCUGGUUCCGCUAUGACUUUCAGGGCCUGUGGCUCGGCCUCCUCGCGGCGCAGGCGGCAUGCGUGGUGCGCAUGCUGCUAGUGAUCGGCCGGACGGAUUGGGAAGCAGAGGCCAAGCGCGCGCAGCAGCUCACGGCAGCAGGCUGCGUCGUGGCAGCACCGGUGGUAUACACGAAACAGAGCAGCGGCAAAGGCAUUCACGUCGCGAGAGUGCCGGCAGCCGGCGGUGACGAGGAGUCGGGGCUGCUUGUAGACGUUGUGAUCGAGCAACCAAAAGAUGAGUGCUGACCCCUACGUCAUGUUCCAGAUUUCGGGCCAUUCUAUUUUUUUUUUCUUCUUCAUAUUUUUGGCGGGAGAGGAAUCGGAGGCUGAAAAUUUUGUUACCCAUUGGUAAUAUGUAAAGAUUUGUUUUCUCUGAUUAUUAUCAUCAGUUCCUCUUAUUACAGAAGGUGAGAGAGGAUUCUCUGGGAA